AUGGAGCUCUUGCCAUGUCGGUCCCAGUUCCAGACGACGAAACUAUCGAAGAUGACCGCAUAUGCCACUCUUUCCGGACGAAGUGGCUCAAGUAGAGACACACACACAGACGGAGUGAUCCAGAAUGUCGACGAGGAACUAAAUAUGUGUAUUAUGGACAAGCAGGAAACCACAAGCGAUUCUACCAAGAAAACCAAACGAACCGCUCGAGACACUAGUGUGGCGAAGCGCGGUGAACACUCUGCCGACAAAGGGGGCGUAUAG